CGCUUGCCUGAAAGGGUUGCCGAGUGAUCCAACUCAUCUGUCCGGCCACGGUGACUAAAAGUGCUUCGUCGUGCCGCUGCGAAUCAAGGUUUAGCGCUGGAAAUACCUCGUGAAGUCAGGUCUCUUGCAGCGCAACCUCCAUGAGGCACGGUCCAUUCUGUGGUUUGAUCCUAAUCGGGAAUGAAGUAGAUACAUAAGGACAUUAUAUUCAUUAUUAGACUUGGAAAAUCAUCUGAAUUCUUGUAAAUCAUUCAUUAAAGCAGAUAAGGCUCUUUCUAUUAGACUGUCGUUGCAGUUGUCAUCUCUACAAAAGAUUUAAAAAAUCAAUGGAUGACCUUGUCUACAAAACAGUUACUUUAAGUUAGUUUCAACCUGGACACCAUUUAAACACGAUACGUCAUCUAGAAAUUGCGGAAGUUAUGCACUUGAGUCUUUCAAGAUUUUCACUUUCGUCCACCUUGUUAAGAAAACAUAUUCUUGAUACGUUUUGAUAUGGUGAUAUAAUUGCUUUGAUACUUUCAGUGAUGCUCAUAUUUAUCAUUGAGUGGUAGCUUAUAUUUCAACAUCUUCGUAGUAAGGUCUGAAGUUCACCUUGUGUCUUAAUUGUGGUCGCUGCUCAGGUUUCAUUAAUGGCUGUUUUGAUGACUUAAGAAAUUGAAACUUAGCUGUUGGAUUAUGCAUUUUCGUUUAUAAACACUUGUGAACGUAUAACAGGAUUAUAAGGAAGUUCAUUGAGGAAUAAUCUGUGUCUUCACUCCUGACGGUGCUAGUCCUGAGGAACGUGCAGUACAGAGCAGCUGCUUCUAUGCCUUAAAGUUGGGUGUCUUUCAACUUAAUCUUUGUAUGGCCAGUGAGCUUAGAUAUAUCAGACAGACUUAACCGGCUUCAUAGUUUCAUAGUGUGGAUUGUGAGUGAAAAAGGAAUAUCAGAUUGGAUUUUCGUGAUAUUUAUUCGUAACAAUGCCUUGCGUGCCGUGUCGUUGGUCAGUCCAGUGUGUGGAGGAUCAGGAAGGUGUUGUCAUGGUGAUUUGCAGUACGAGAAAGAGAAGAUCAUCAGUCAGUUCUGUAGAUGGCUACCCGACGGGUCGUAAGGGCAGCAAACGGAGGAAGAGUCGAACCUUGCCGGACCCACGCCAUGCGGAGCGGGACUCUAUCGUCAAGAACCACAAGGAGAUGUCUUCAGGCGUUGCCGAUCUUGACACAGGUGUGAAGAUUCUUAGUUUCACGCACACAGAACCCAUCGAAGUGCCUAGCUGCAAAGACAGGGAGGUGAAAGUGAGCAUGAGGGCACAGACUCCAGAUGCUACUCUGGUAAGUAUCCAGGGGGCCGUUUCAUAA